AGGUCACGGAACGUCAACGCGACGGUAAACUUGUAUUGAGAGCGUGUCCUUAAAAAUCAAAUGUAUUGUACUUUUUCUGUUGUGGUAACCACACAUAGAGACCAUGUUAUAAACGAAUGCAGUGCUCAAAAGAUAACCGUUUGAAAUGCACAGCAACUGACAGAAACUGUCUCGAGAUGUGCUACUGUUGUUUACCACGCCACUAUGAGUGUUUGCUCCUUCAGCUUCACGAAAGCCCAGGCACAAAACAACAACAACUUUACACUCAUGAGGAUAAAAAGGCAGUUGCUUUACGUUAAGCCUGCCCCCCUGAAACAACUUUUAAAGGAAUUCAAAAUACUGCACGAGCAAAGGUUGAGAUGCCUGCAAUUGGACAAAACUGCAAGGCCAGACGUGAUGCUGACAGCUCUGGUUUACUGGUCCAGAACACCUGUGAUGCAGAGGAUCCAACAACCUGCAUACAAACCCAGCAUACAGUGUCCAAUGUAGCCUGCAAGUCGAGGGAGAGCACUUUGCAAAAUGAAAAGGUCGCAAGUCAUGUGCUUGAAGGCGAGGCGAAGUUGACACACUUGCAGAGUGAGAUUGCCUCUCUGCAAAGCCUCCAGAAAGACAAAAUGAAGGAAAUUGCUGAGAAAGACCUCAGCAUCACUAAACUGCAAGCCAGCAUUUUGCUGCUGCAACAGGAGGGUGUCAACACCCGUGCUCAGUUGGAGCUCAGCAGGAAGCAGGCGGUCCAACAAAGUUUGGCGCUGUCAGUGUGUCGCCAGAAAGAAGAGAUUCUUCUUUGCAAGGUCCUAUCCAACAACACGAGAGACGGGACAAAAAAAUCCCAGUGUAGUGGAAUGAAAAUUCAUCAUCCUGCCUCUUCUUGCAUCACACGCACCCAUUUCCCCAUUGGGCUUAAAAGGAGCGACGCAAACGUGAAGCAGCUGGAUGAGACCACGGUGUCUUUACAGGCCACGCAGGACUCGCUGAGAAGAAUCUUGGCACUGAGGGAGAAACACACACAACAGCUGCUGGAAGACAAUGCGCAUCUUAAAGACAGCCUGGCGGCACUGCAGAGCCAAUUACAGACAAGGGAGUGCACGUUGAGCGAUGUUCGCGCGACCCUGGAUCGGGCCCGUGUCAGUCUGGAUGCUCGGAGACAGACGAGGCUGCAGAUCCAGGAACAGUCUGAGCGAGCCAGCAAAGCGGUAGAGUGUCUGCAGCAGGAACUCACUAGUGUGCAUUGCACCACUGAAAAGAAGGAGAAGUCUUUGGUGACGUUAUGUGAGGAGAGGGUUGAUCUGAGAGCCAAGAUGAUGGAUGUGAACACCCAGCAUGUUCACCUCAGUCACGCCAAAGACACACUGGAGGUCGACUUUGCUCUGUGCCGAGAAGAACUACAUGCUUGUCACUUGGAGGUUCAAAGCAGAGAUCAGCUAAUUCUUCAAUUGAGAUCCGAAAUGAAGUCAGCUGAGGAGACGCAUCAAACAACACAGCAGCGGUUUGCGGCAUCAGAGGAGGAGUUACAAAAGCAGCAGGUGGAUCUGGAGCUCCUCCAUCGGCAGCUGAAAGUAGCCCGGGGGGAAUUCAAAGGGGCUUGCUUGCAAGCAGAGGAGCAGAAAGAAAUGGCUGUGAUUUUUAAACACAAAUACACUGCUGCAAUGGAGAAAGUGCACAGGGUCCAAGAGCAGGUAAAGCAUUUGGCUGAGGAGCUUCGAUAUUCCCAGCAACAGAUAAGAGAGUCCCAACAAGCAACCCAUUUACUGUACAAAGAACUAUCUGAGCUGAAACGGCGCCACCAAGACAAGGUGGGCCAAUGGGAGAGCUCGCAGGUGGCCCUAGACCAAUUGACGGACGAGCUCUCUGUCAGUCAGAAUCUGCUGACAGAAAGCCAGCAAAAGGUGGCCCACUUGGACAGCCUUGUGUGCGGCCUGCAAGGGCAAGUGGAGACACUCAAGCAGCAGAGUCACUCUCACACGGAUGAGGACUACCUGAGCCUGCAUAGUCACAAUCAGAAGCUGCAGAAGCGCUGUAGUGAGCAGGUGGAGCGCCUUGUGGAGUGUGAGAAGGUUAUUCUACAGAUGAAAUCAGAGCUGGAGAGACAAAACCAAGAACAGGCCUGCCGUGCACACCUAAACCGGCGUGGACAAUUGGAACAGGAAGUGGCGCAGCUAAAAGAGGAAGUUGCACGCUUAGAACUUGAGCUUGCAAACAGUCAAACGGGCUGCUUGACUCUUCUCCAGCAGUCAGAGGAGGCUCUCCAGGAAGCCAGGAAGGAGCCCGUGAGGUGUAGCGGUGAGGUGGACGUUCAGCGGAAGGAGGUACAAAGACUGGAGGAUGUGAUACACAAAGAGGAAGAGAAGCUGAAGAGCGCUUACAGAGAGAAACACAGUCUGAGCACUCAUGUCAGGCAGCUGAGUCAAGAGCUUGAGGAGCUGCACUGCAAACAUCAUACAACAGUGCAGGUUUUGGCGGCCCGUUCAAAGGAGGCAAAGCACAUGGUCGUGUGCCUGAAUGAGGCAAAGCAAGCGCAAGACAAAACAAGUUUUAUGGCUCGGAGAUUGGAAUCGGAGGUUGCAGAACUCAAGAGGAACCUUCAGCAGGCUGACAUGGAGAAAAGGGAUGCAGAAGCCCAGGUGGACACGCUCCAGUACAAGUUGGCGGCAUCAUGUACAGACAACGACAACCUUCGCCACGAGAGCCAGCUCAUCGUGACUAAUCUCAAACAAUGGGUCACUGAACAAAAAAAUCUUCAGGAGGCUAAUGACACGCUGGUGGCGGAGGUGAAGCGACUGAAAGAAGUGGCGACAGGGCAGAAGAAAGAGAUGGGACAUGUCAAGGCCCACAUGAAGAACCUUUGUGCAAUUCAAGAUGAGAAAAUCCUUGAUAAGGAGACUUGCAUGGUGCUGAAUCUGGCCAGACUGGCUGACAUGCAGACCAAACUGCAGCGCAACAUGGACGCCAUCAGUCUGCUAAAUCAACAGUUAAAGGCUGUCAGCAAGGAGAACAAGCACUUGCGGAGGCAGCUGGAGGAAGAGAGGUGCAUGUACACACAAGUGGAGUGCCAUCGCCCUCUUCCUCCCACCUGCGUCCACCUCCCUGCCAGUGCCCGCCCACCUCUCCUCUCCAUCACCCGCCCUUCAUCCCCUCCACCUCGCCCCUCCUCCUCCUCCUCCUCCCAACCUGAAAGAAGCGACAAGGGGCACUGAGAGGAUCUAAAACCCAAGGUGAGCCCAGUGGAGCCAAGUUAGCUUGACCAGGUGAAUCCCAGGCUUUGGUUGAAGCUAUACGGGCGAGGCCUCCUCCCCUCUACUCCCCAGGAGAACUAAGACCAGGUAGGGAGCCGACCAAAUAAAGCCCGCAGAACACUUUGACCUGUCACGGCUUUUUGACCUCCAGCUCCUCACUGGGGAGCAUGCUCAGUAUGAGGUUAAUGUCCUGCGGGUCAAUGUCAAGUCCCUGGGUGCUUAUCGCCUGAAGGAAGGAAGGGGGAGCUCUCCAGAACCGGCAGAUAGUCGAAUUCCCUUAAAAUUACCUUGAAUUUAUCUGUACUUCCUGAAUUGGGACAUUCCCUCUUAGUAUUUUACACACAUUUAUUAUAGAUUUAAACUCUUACCUGAUACGCAAUGCACUCUGCAAAAUGUUAAAACCACUUGAUUAAAAAAAAAAUCCUAAUUUGUAUCAGUGUCAAAAAUAGAUGGUAUGCUUGAAUUACAACGUCAUUAAAAUGAAUACAUAGAAUACACAUAUGAGGGGGAAAAAAAGAUCAAUAAUAUUCCUCGCUCUACACUUUGAUCCAAAACUGCUCCAAAAUGUACUGGGUUCUUCCUUGUUCCGUGUUAUCCAUCUACAAUAUUUCACAGAGUUCAGGUGGAGUAGAUUUUCUGUAAUCCUACUAACAAACAAACAAAUUUAAAAACUAACUAAUUUGAAUCGUCACCACAGCCGGAUCAGACUGAUUCAGAUCAGCACCAGACUGUAUACCGGAAAUUAAAAUGUUGGAAAAUCUCUCAAUGACAAAAGUAAAGAUGGAUUCCUGGAUCAAGAUUUAACAAGGAUUUUUGUUUUAAUUUUAUUACAAUAUAAGCAUAGUAAGACAGUACACACUAAAAAGUUAGUAAGUUUCUGUACUUCUGUUAUGUUAAGGAAUGUCAAGCCAGGUGGAAAGAAGAACAAUACAUAAUUUACAUGGAAAAAAAGUAAAUGUGAUUACAACAGAUUGUAAUAUUCCAAGAAUAAAAUAAUGAUUUCUUCAAAGUCAUUUGUCGGGAGAGUAAAAUCAUCUUUUUUUUUUCUACAAACACAAAAACAAAACAGCACACUGAAAGCAUUUUAGUUUCUGCACUUCUGUUAUCUUAAGGAGUAUUUUGGUCCACAUGGAAAGAAUUAAAAUUACGAGAAAAAAAUCAUAAUGUUCUGAGAACAGAGCUGUAAUAUUACAAGAAGAAA